AUGGCUCAAGCAGCUAAGCAGCUGAAGAAAAUCAAAGAUAUCGAGGCUCAGGCUCUGCAGGAGCAGAAGGAGAAAGAAGAAUCCAAUCGCAAGCGCAGGAACCGCUCUCGGGACAGGAAGAAAAAGGCCGAUGCUGCAACCAGUUUCUUGAGAGCUGCAAGAUCCGGGAACCUGGACAAAGCCUUGGAUCACCUCAGGAAUGGGGUAGAUAUUAACACCUGUAACCAGAAUGGGCUGAAUGCCUUGCACCUGGCCUCCAAGGAGGGCCACGUGAAAAUGGUGGUGGAGCUGCUGCACAAGGAGAUAGUUUUGGAGACAACAACCAAGAAGGGAAACACAGCCCUGCACAUUGCUGCCCUGGCUGGACAACAGGAUGUGGUCCGGGAACUGGUGAACUACGGGGCCAACGUCAAUGCACAGUCACAGAAAGGCUUCACGCCCCUCUACAUGGCAGCGCAGGAAAACCACCUGGAAGUUGUCAAGUUCUUGCUGGAAAAUGGAGCGAACCAGAACGUAGCCACAGAGGAUGGCUUCACACCACUAGCUGUGGCUCUGCAGCAAGGGCAUGAGAAUGUGGUUGCUCACCUUAUCAACUAUGGGACAAAGGGUAAGGUUCGCUUGCCUGCCCUGCACAUUGCAGCCCGCAAUGAUGACACUCGCACAGCUGCUGUGCUGCUACAGAAUGACCCCAAUGCUGAUGUCCUCUCCAAGACUGGAUUUACCCCCUUGCACAUUGCAGCCCACUAUGAGAAUCUCAGUGUGGCCCAGUUACUGCUGAAAAAAAAUGUCAACUUCACACCCCAGAAUGGGAUCACUCCCCUGCACAUAGCCUCCCGUCGGGGCAAUAUCAUCAUGGUGCGGCUGCUGCUGGACCGCGGGGCCCAGAUAGAAACAAGGACCAAGGAUGAGCUGACCCCUCUCCACUGUGCAGCUCGCAAUGGACAUGUGCGAAUUGCAGAGAUCCUGCUGGACCACGGGGCUCCCAUUCAAGCCAAAACCAAGAACGGCUUGUCGCCGAUCCACAUGGCAGCACAGGGCGACCACCUGGACUGCGUGCGCCUGCUCCUGCAGUACAGCGCUGAGAUCGACGACAUCACCCUGGACCACCUAACGCCACUGCAUGUGGCCGCACACUGCGGGCACCACCGCGUGGCCAGGCUGCUGGUGGAGAAGGGGGCCAAGCCCAACUCCCGAGCCCUGAAUGGCUUCACACCCCUCCAUAUUGCCUGCAAGAAGAACCACAUCCGAGUGAUGGAGCUGCUGCUGAAGACAGGUGCCUCCAUCGAUGCUGUCACAGAGUCUGGCUUGACCCCCCUGCAUGUGGCCGCCUUCAUGGGGCACUUGCCCAUUGUCAAGACCCUGCUACAGCGCGGAGCAUCUCCUAACGUGUCCAAUGUGAAAGUGGAGACACCCCUACACAUGGCAGCCAGAGCUGGGCACGUGGAUGUGGCAAAGUACCUGCUGCAGAACAAAGCCAAAGCCAAUGCCAAGGCCAAGGAUGACCAGACUCCUCUGCACUGUGCUGCACGCAUCGGCCACACUGGCAUGGUCAGACUGCUGCUGGAGAACAACGCCAACCCCAACCUGGCCACAACCGCAGGUCACACGCCCCUGCACAUCACUGCCAGGGAGGGGCAUGUGGACACAGCCCAGGCACUGCUUGAGAAGGCAGCCUCCCAGACCUGCAUGACCAAGAAAGGAUUUACCCCUCUCCACAUUGCAGCCAAGUAUGGGAAAGUGGAUGUCGCAGAGCUGCUGCUGGCACGUGAUGCUCAUCCCAAUGCAGCAGGGAAGAACGGCCUGACCCCGCUGCACGUGGCUGUGCACCACAACAACCUGGAGAUUGUCAAGCUGCUGCUUCCCAAGGGGAGCUCCCCACACAGCUCGGCUUGGAACGGGUACACCCCCCUGCACAUUGCUGCCAAGCAGAACCAGAUGGAGGUGGCCGGCAGCUUGCUGCAGUACGGGGCUUCUGCAAAUGCGGAGUCUGUGCAAGGAGUCACCCCCCUGCACCUGGCUUCCCAGGAGGGGCAUGCGGACAUGGUGGCACUGCUUUUCUCCAAACAAGCCAACGGUGACCUAGGCAACAAGAGUGGCCUGACUCCUCUCCAUCUCGUGGCCCAGGAGGGGCAUGUGCUGGUUGCUGAUGUUCUGGUGAAACACGGUGUCACAGUGGACGCAACGACCAGGAUGGGCUAUACCCCUCUCCAUGUGGCCAGCCACUAUGGGAACAUCAAGCUGGUGAAGUUUUUGCUGCAGCACCAGGCUGACGUUAAUGCCAAGACUAAGCUGGGCUACACCCCUCUGCACCAAGCAGCACAGCAGGGCCACACAGAUGUUGUGACGCUGCUGUUGAAGCACGGUGCCUCUCCCAACGAGAUCAGCACAAAUGGCACCACUCCCCUGGCCAUCGCGAAGCGGCUUGGCUACAUUUCCGUCACAGAUGUGCUCAAGAUCGUCACAGAGGAAACCGACAUCCCGUCAGUCGGUGACAAGCACCGCAUGAGCUUCCCAGAGACCGUAGACGAGAUUCUGGAUGUGUCAGAGGAUGAAGGCACUGCUCAUGUCACAGUAAUGGAGGAGGAGCUGAUGGCACCAAAGCCCAGGACGCUAGAUCCCAGGGACCAGGAUGGCAAGAGAGAGAUAUUGGAGUUUGUGACCACAACAACAAUGGAGCAAACGGUGGAGUCUCCAGCUGUCGUGCAAGUCCCCUGCAUCCCACCUGAGACUGUAGUGACCAGAGCGGAGGAGACUGAACAGCCUUCCAAGGAGUUUGAUGAGGACUCCCUGAUCCCCAGCAGCCCCGCCACUGAGACCUCAGAUAACAUCAGCCCCGUGGCCAGCCCUGUGCACACAGGGUUCCUGGUGAGCUUCAUGGUGGAUGCCCGUGGCGGGUCUAUGCGGGGCAGCCGGCACCACGGACUGCGUGUAGUCAUCCCGCCUCGUGCCUGUGCCGCGCCAACUCGCAUCACUUGCCGCCUGGUGAAGCCCCAGAAGCUGCCUGCACCCCCAUCGCUGGCUGAGGAGGAGGGUCUGGUCAGCCGGAUCAUUGCCCUGGGACCCGCUGGUGCCCAGUUCCUCAGCCCUGUCAUUGUGGAGAUCCCACACUUUGCCUCAUACGGGCGUGGAGACCGUGAGCUCAUGGUGCUGCGCAGUGAGAACGGCUCUGUCUGGAAGGAGCACCGCAACCGUUAUGAGGAGAGCUACAUGGACCAGCUGCUUAACGGCAUGGAUGAGGGUGAGUGUGAGGAGCUGGAGAAGAAGAGGGUCUGCCGCAUCAUCACCACCGACUUCCCUCUCUACUUUGUGGUCAUGUCACGGAUUUGCCAGGACUGCGAUAUGAUUGGCCCUGAGGGAGGGUGUUUGAAAAGCACACUAGUGCCCAUGGUCCAAGCCACCUUCCCAGACACAGCUGUCACCAAGAAAGUGAAGCUGGCCCUGCAGGCGCAGCCCGUGCCCGACGAGCUGGUGACUAAGCUUCUGGGGAAUCAGGCAACCUUCAGCCCCAUCGUCACAGUGGAGCCACGCCGGAGGAAGUUCCACCGCCCCAUUGGUCUCCGCAUCCCACUGCCACCAUCCUGGAAGGACAAUCCCCGAGACAGCGGCGAGGGUGACACCACCAGCCUGCGCCUGCUCUGCAGUGUGAUCGGAGGGACAGCCCAAGCGCAGUGGGAAGACAUAACGGGCACCACAAAGCUGGUCUAUGAAAAGGAAUGUGCUAACUUUACCACCAAUGUGUCUGCAAGGUUCUGGCUGGCCGACUGCCCGCGCACAGCCGAGGCCGUGCACUUCGCCACGAUGCUGUACAAGGAGCUGACAGCUGUGCCCUACAUGGCCAAAUUCGUGGUGUUUGCCAAGAUGAACGAUGCACGGGAAGGCCGACUGCGCUGCUACUGCAUGACUGAUGACAAGGUUGACAAGACUUUAGAGCAGCAUGAAAACUUCACUGAAGUGGCCCGCAGCAGGGACAUUGAGGUGGUAGAGGGGAUGCCUUUGCACGUUGAGCUCUCAGGGAACUUGGUGCCUGUCAAGAAGGCCACUCAGCCCCGCACCUUCCUCUUCCAGUCCUUUCGGGAGAAUCGCCUUGCCAUCCCCAUCAAGGUUCGGGACAGCAGCCGGGAAGCCAGUGGUUCCCUGUCUUUCUUGCGCAAGGCCAUGAAAUACGAGGACUUCCAGCAUGUGCUCUGUCACCUGAACAUCAGCAUACCACCCUGCACCAAGGGGAGCGGCAGUGAGGAGCGGAGGAGGACGCUGACGCCUUUGUCUCUGCGGGAGCGAUAUAGCAUCCUAAGCGAGACCAGUUUUGGCUCUCUGAGCAGCACAGACAAGGCGGACCAGAAGAUGGUCGACAUAGCGGAACAGCUGGGCCUCAGCUGGGCUGAGCUGGCACGUGAGCUACAGUUUGGGGUGGAUGACAUUAACAGGAUACGUGUGGAGAACCCCAACUCCCUGCUGGAGCAGAGCAUAGCCUUACUCAACCUCUGGGUCAGCCGCGAGGGCAAGAGUGUCAAGAUUGAGAGCCUGUACACGGCGCUGAGGAACAUUGACCGCAGCGAGAUUGUCAACACGCUGGAGGGCUCCAGCCGGCAGAGCCGCAGCCUGAAGGGCAGUUACGCUUCGCUGCAGGACGAGCUGCUGUCCCCCGCCUCCCUGCAUUACACGCUGCCAUCCCCGUUGCGUGCCGACCAGUACUGGAAUGAGGUGGCCAUCAUGGAUGCUAUCCCUAUGGCUGCCACCGAGCAGGACGCCCUCAUGGAGAUGUCUGACAUGCAGGUGUGGUCCUCGGGGCUCACACCCUCACUGGUGACUGCUGAGGACUCCUCUCUGGAGUGCAGCAAGGCUGAGGACUCGGAUGCCACAAGUGAAGGCCGGUUCCCGGGGCAGCUUCUAGCAGAUGCACAUGGCCCAGACCACAUGGGCUCUAUGGACCUGGUUGAGGAUGACACAGUGGACUCAGAUGCCAUGAAUGGCCUGAUUGACCUUCUAGAGCAGGAGGAGGGGCAGAGGCCAGAGGGGAAGAUGCCAGCCAGCGAUCACCAGCCAGGAACCAAGGAGCAAGACCCGGAGAGUGAAGUCUCUUUUGUUUCAGUUCAGCAGAAGGUGCAAGCCAGGAUUACGGCAUCACCUACCGUUAGCCACAUCGUGGAGAAGAGUACAGACAGGCUGAGGGACUGGAAUGCAGAAGGCUCCUUUAUCUCCUGCCUACAGGACCUGACAGCGGGCUCCUGGCAGGAGGGGGUCACCCGAAGGCUGAUCCUGACGCACACCACGGCCUCCGGG